CUGGGACAUGUCAGUGUAACCCUCCGCCUGCGGUAGAUGUGCUGAGGCUGGAGUAGCCACCAUUUUGCAUGUCUAGUGUGUUCCUCCCUCCAUUGCUAAUAGAGACGAUUCCAGUCAUUUUCUGGCAUCAUUACGGCUAAGAAUGCCAGCUCCGAUCAGACUGCGGGAGCUGAUCCGGACUAUCCGGACAGCACGGACCCAGGCAGAGGAGCGCGAGAUGAUCCAGAAAGAAUGUGCUGCUAUCCGCUCAUCCUUUAGAGAGGAAGACAACACAUACCGUUGCAGAAAUGUGGCCAAGCUACUGUAUAUGCACAUGUUGGGCUACCCGGCACACUUUGGGCAGCUGGAGUGCCUGAAGUUGAUUGCGUCCCAGAAGUUCACUGACAAACGAAUAGGCUAUUUGGGAGCUAUGCUGCUCUUGGACGAGAGGCAGGACGUCCACCUACUAAUGACAAAUUGCAUUAAGAAUGACUUGAAUCACAGCACACAAUACGUCCAGGGCCUGGCCUUGUGCACUUUGGGCUGCAUGGGCUCCUCAGAAAUGUGUCGUGACCUGGCUGGGGAGGUGGAGAAGCUGCUCAAAACAUCCAACUCCUACUUGAGGAAAAAAGCGGCAUUGUGUGCAGUUCAUGUCAUCAGGAAGGUUCCUGAACUCAUGGAAAUGUUCCUUCCAGCCACAAAAAACCUGCUGAGCGAGAAAAACCAUGGUGUUCUCCAUACAUCAGUUGUCCUCCUCACUGAGAUGUGUGAAAGAAGUCCUGACAUGCUGGCCCACUUCAGAAAGCUGGUUCCACAAUUGGUGAGAAUCCUGAAGAACCUAAUCAUGUCUGGAUACUCUCCUGAGCAUGAUGUGUCAGGCAUAAGCGACCCUUUCCUGCAGGUGCGGAUAUUGAGACUAUUGCGAAUUUUGGGCAAGAGUGAUGAUGACUCCAGUGAAGCAAUGAAUGACAUUCUUGCACAGGUUGCAACGAACACAGAGACAAGUAAAAAUGUAGGCAAUGCAAUUCUGUACGAGACUGUGCUGACAAUAAUGGACAUCAAGUCUGAAAGUGGACUGAGGGUCUUGGCCAUUAACAUACUAGGUCGCUUCCUUCUUAACAAUGACAAAAAUAUCAGAUACGUGGCAUUGACAUCUCUACUAAAGACGGUACAGACAGACCACAAUGCAGUGCAGAGGCAUCGGAGCACCAUUGUGGAUUGUUUGAAAGACCUUGAUGUGUCUAUCAAGAGACGUGCAAUGGAACUGAGCUUCGCCCUGGUGAACGGCAACAACAUUAGAGGCAUGAUGAAGGAGCUGCUCUACUUCCUGGACUCCUGUGACCCAGAAUUCAAAGCAGACUGUGCAUCAGGAGUCUUUCUAGCUGCAGAGAAGUAUGCCCCAUCGAAAAGAUGGCACAUAGACACCAUUAUGAGAGUCCUGACAACAGCAGGGAGCUAUGUGCGGGAUGAUUCUGUCCCCAACCUCAUCCAGCUCAUCACCAACAGUGUGGAGAUGCAUGCCUACACAGUACAGAGACUUUACAAAGCCCUGCUGGACGACAUCUCACAGCAACCACUAGUGCAAGUGGCAUCCUGGUGCAUAGGAGAGUACGGGGACCUGCUGGUAUCCGGACAGUGUGAGGAGGAGGAGCCCAUCCAGGUAACUGAGGAUGAAGUCCUGGACGUGCUGGAAGGCCUCCUGGUGUCCAACCUGUCCACCCCUGUAACCCGGGGUUAUUCCCUUACUGCCAUCAUGAAGCUGUCCACUCGCUUCAGCAGUGUCAACCGAAUCAAGAAGGUGGUUUCAAUAUAUGGCAGUAGCAUCGAUGUGGAGCUUCAGCAGAGAGCUGUGGAGUACAAUGCGCUUUUCAAGAAAUAUGACCACAUGAGGCCAGCUCUGCUAGAGCGGAUGCCCAUAAUGGAGAAAAGUGCUACUAAUGGCCCCACAGAGAUUGUACAGACAAAUGGGGAAACAGAGCCCUCUGUUGUGGAGCCGAAACAUCCACCACUUGUCACCCAGCCAGCCAACCAGGCUAAUGAUUUAUUAGUCCUGCUCGGUGGUAAUGAUGUGCCAGUAAUCCAGACCACAAUGCCGACCAAGCCUGCCUCAGCUGGAGGAGAGCUGCUUGAGCUGCUGGGUGACCUGUCGCUAAGUGGCGGUCCAGCCCCUGCUCCUGCUCCCUCUGUGCCCACUUCCCAACCAUCUUUCCUCCUGGAUGGCCUCUCCUCACAGCCCCUGUUUAAUGACAUUGCAACUGCAGCUAUUCCUCCUAUGACGGCCUACAACAAGAAUGGUCUAAAAAUAGACUUUACAUUUGAGAGAGCAAAUCCCAAUCCAAACAUCGCAGUCAUCACCAUCCAUGCUUCCAACUCAACAGAGGCAGACAUGACAGACUUUGUUUUUCAGGCUGCAGUACCAAAGACAUUCCAGCUGCAGCUCCUCUCCCCUAGCAGUAAUGUUGUCCCAGCACUCAACCAGGGAACUGUCACACAGGUCAUCAGAGUCCUCAACCCACAGAAGCAACAGCUACGAAUGAGGAUCAAGCUGACGUACACCCUCAAAGGCUCGCCUGUGCAAGACCUGGCUGAGGUUAAUAACUUCCCUCCUCAGUCCUGGCAGUGAUGAGCUGCUUCUGUUCUGCUCUUAAAAGCGCCCCACCAAGAGAACUAUGAAAACGAUUUUCCUUUCACCUCCCUCCUUUCUUCCAACGGAUCCCCCUGUGACGUCACUGCAGUCCGCUGCCCUCAAGUUGCAUGGGAAGCAGCAGAGCAUCUAACACAGGAGAAAAAUACAGAUUUUACAAAGACCCUACUGACUAUUGACAUUACCAGAAUAAUUGGGAAAACAUAUCAAUCAAUGAACUUUCUCUUUUCUUUCUUAAUUGGUUUCCAUGAUCUCUUUGCGUAGUAGUACUAUUUUCCACAUACACCUUCCGCCCAGCACCGUUACCAUCCAUGAAAGCACAUACACACACCAUUCACUGUGGUACACUUCAGCUCUCAAGUCACUAGAGAAAGUGUCACCCUCUAUGAGCACCGCAGUAAAAAACGGUUUUAUUUUAAUUUAUAUUUCUGCUAAAAUAUAGUUGAAACGCGUCGCUCCAUUGAUAUUCACGAUUGGCUUUCCAUUCAGAUUUUUUAAAUACGAACCUUCAGACCUAUGAUGGCAGCAGAAAAAAAAGCUUUGAACAGUCUAUUUGUUAAUUUUGGUUAUUAACAUCCCUUUGUUUGACUCUCCACAUCACGAAUGAUAUAACUUGUCAGAGAGUUGUAUUCAUUUUGAAUUACAUUAAUUUGCUUAAAGCAUGUUUGAGCAUUGUUAGGAUCACAAUCACACCUUAAGUCAAGCUCAGAGGGGAUUUCCUGGUUUGGGUAGUAGGCCUCCUUAUCCUAUGUUUCUAUAGGAAGUAGUCCACAUUUGUUUUGUUUUGAUCACCUGUGGCUAGUUUCAGAGAAUGUGCUCAGACUUCCCCACACACAAAGACAGACAGACACACACACACACACACACACACUCCUGAAAUGAUUUCAUCUGUAGCUUUAGAUUUAGAUCUGUAUAAGAAACUCAACGGUUAAUUGCUUUGCAUAGUUUGAGGAGGUUUAUUCAUUUUUAGGAUGGAUAUGAUCCAGGCCCUGAAAUGUAUCUGUCGAUAAGCUGAUUGCAUUUGUGUUGGAGAUCUGCGUUAAAACCUUUUCUGCAUCUGUGUCCUCACAGUCUAGCUUGUAAUUUAAUACAUUUCAGAUUUGUUUAACCUGGUUGAUCUUAGUCACCAUGCACAUACAUGUAAAUGAAGCUUGUUAUGAAUGUAGUUACAUGCACUGAAUGCUUUCCCCCCCCUCCCCCCUCAAGUCUUCUUUGAUGAGGACGCUCAUCUUAUUGGCACUAUUUUUGUGAAAGUAUGUUUUAUUUCUGCAGUAAUUUGACUUAAUUAUUUAUGCCUGAUAUCAAAGUGAUGUGCCUUUCUGACUUAGCUAGAUAAAAGCCCCUGAACUAUUGAGUUCUGUAUGAGCUUUGUUUGUAAGUCUGCUUGUGUGCUGAUCGUCUUUUCAAUCUGAGGGAAAUAGUCUGGACGGAUUUAAUUUGGUGUAUCACUUUAUUUAAUUAAGUUUGACUUGUUUCACUUACGUAUGUCAUAAUAAGUUAACAAUCAGUCAGUCACUAAUAUUGGCCCACGUGGAUGUCCACAGCAAUGUCAUAAAUUAUAGCUACAUGAUCCUGGUCGUUUCUAUAGUGUCUAGGCCUGUUGGAUGUUGAUUGAACUCCUAAAAUCAAAAAGCAAAUCUCAAAGAUUAUGGCAGCUAACAGAUGUAAACUUUUCCUAAGCUGGCAACAAAGUUUUUAAAAAGUCUAAAUGUUCUACAAAAGUGAAACAUCAUUAAGAUUCCCCUCUCCUCCGUCGGUAAUCGUUGAAGUGUGAGUUUGGAUCACUUGGUGAGGUACUGGGACGGGUUGUUCUGUGGUGACUGUUCUUUCUUGGCUCUCGUCUUCUCCAAAUCAGAAUUCUGACCGUGCUGUCGGGGACAGUAACCUUAAUACCUCACAAUGUUCUCUCUUUCUGUUAACUUUCAGUUGCAGUAGAUUGACAGCUUUGUUUAGUCAUGAAUUGCAAUCAAGGGGAGCAUCUGCAUGAGAGAAACUAAUGGUAGUUUGUACAUCUCAUUACUUAACAAGCUUAGCAGCCCUGCGAUGCUGUGUUGAGAUCCUCAGAUGUUCAAUCAGGCUGUAUACUUCUUUUCACUAUGCUUCACUAUCUUCUAACUUCUGUGACCAAAUCAGAGAAACUAUUAGCUUUGGAAAUAUUUUUGAGCUAUGAUAUGUGUAUAUGGAGAAAAUUAUUUCAGUUUAACUUUUUUCUGUUGUUGACAAAUGCUAUAUUGGCUUUUUUUUCUGUACAUAUUGAGGGCUUUUACAAUUUUGUCUCUUGUACUAUCUUUCAUCCUUUUUUUAGAUGCCAUUUUCUAAAAGUUCCAAUUAUUCACAAUGUAUAUUGUCUAAAUAGAUCUAGUCAACAUCAGUCUAUAAAGACUCCCCUGUAUCAUCACUCAUUCAUUGUAAAAGAUAUAUGAUCUGCUGCCUGUACAUUGUAUAUAAUUGUAAAACACAAAAGCUGAUCAAAUUAAAUAAAACCCACAUGAAGACUUAAAAGAUUAGCUAGGACGUAUAAUUGUAUGCAUAUAUGUACAAAAAAAGAAUCUUAAAAGGAUGCAAUUGAACUGCAUUUGAUUUACUAUUCUUCAUACUUCAUUCAUGAUCGAUCGGAUGUGUCACUCAUCUUUACUUCUUUUACAAGGCUAGUUGGCGAGUCAGUAGGCUACUUGAUUCCUUUGGAUGUUGAAAUAAGGGUUGAAUCCGUCUUAACAGAUGUUGUCUGAAUGAUGUACUAUACUACUGAGAAACCUAAGCACAGUGCUGCAUAGCAGCAGGAGAGGCACCUUGCUUCAUCUGCUUUCCUGGCCCUCAAACGCCUCAUGUAUCCACGCCCUCCUUCGAAGAGGAGCAGGUUUCUUGCCAAGAUGUAGCUCUUCCUUCUGGCCUUAUGUGUGGCUUCGUUUUCUGCACUCUCAACAAUUUGCAUCUAUUGAACUGUUGAAUCUACAAACUGAUUUGUGAAAGGAUGCCCCUUGGUCUUGGUGUGUUGGCUCUCAUGGUUUCCUGGUUACCUAUUUGGCUGCCAUGCAGCAUCUUCCUAAAAGCAUCAUGUCUCAACCAAGCAAGGACACUAUUAGUUUUUCCCCAUUGUUGCUAGUAGAUUUUCAUUGGAAUAGAUUUAUAUCUGGACAAGAGCUGAUAGAAGUUUUUUUUAUUUUUUUUUAUGUGGUUCCAGAUAUGUAUGUUAGAGCAGCAGUUGGUACAGGGCUUUCUUUUGGCUUACUUUCUUUACUUUAAUCUCUUAUCGAUGUUAUUUCCCCUUUGCAGGGCACACCUUUCACCUUGUCACUGUCUCAGAGCUGAGAUGUGUGGCUGUAACAUCCUGACAAACUUAUCUGAGCCCUCAUUUCAAAUUCAAGGUUACAUGGUAGGAUAUGAGGAAGGAAGGCAAUGAUGAUAUUUUUUUUUCCUGGUAGGACUGUUUUUUUCUUUUAUCUUUUUUAGAGUUAAUGUAUAUGAAGUGUUGUUUUUCCAGCCCCAAAACUAACCUGGGACACGCUUGUGCUACAAACUAAUAGCCACAAGGGGGAGCUGUGCAAAAUGGAAGGCUGAUGGGAUGGGAAAGGAAGUUUCAUACAUCUGUUCCUGAAUGUUUUUGUUGGUGUUGUUUGUAUUGUCUUAUUCAACCAGUAUGUACCCUUGUUAAUCACAUCUGAUCAGUUCUUUCAAUGAUACCGUAAUUCAUGCAGUUUUAAAUGUACAAAUGGAAAUAAACCCAACAUAAGUGCUUUGGACAUUGUAACUUAAAAAGAAGAAAAGAAACGGAAACAAAUACCCAUCAAUGGUGUGAUCAGCAUUUGAAGUGAUAUUUGUGAGUGUGUGUGUGAGUGUGAGUGUGUUUAUGUAUGUGUGAGUGUGACACAGAGAGAAAGAUAGCGAGAAAGAGAAAAUAAUCAUGCUUGAAAGAGCGUGAUCGUGUGUGACAUGUCUUUAAUGUUGAUAGGACAUGAUUUUUGGCUGCAAUUUCAACCUUCAGCUUCUGAGCUGCAUGUGAAAACCAGUGUAAAUAAUGUCAUUUCUACUCUUGACCUGAGACUCUUUUUGAAAUGCAAGAAAAUUCAAAUUAUAAAAUCUGUCACACCCCCUUCAUGGGUCAGUACUAACAUGUACAAUAGGAAGUUGUUCAGAUAGUGCUCACAAUACUGUUAAUGUUUUUAAGAGGGUGAUGAAAGUGCACAUCCAUCAUUUGGAUAAAUUGGAUAAUUGAUUUUUGUUUUGUUUUGUUUUCUUUUAUUUGUUUGGGUGAAUUCAGUGUGUAAAGGGCUUGGAAAAGCAUCUGAAUUGCCACCAUGUCCACUUUCCCUGUUGAAUAAAAAAGAAAAAAAUGCAUCCAUUGUAUUUUGAAAAACAAAAUCUGUUCGUUAACCCCCAGGCCUGUCCUGACUGUAAAACAAUAUGGUAACUGAUUUGCUGGGGGAGGGUGGCGGCAUGAGGUUCACUUUUUUCAGUCAAGUUUGACAUGAACUGAAUCCCAGUUCCAUGGCUUCAUGGUGAGUGUGAAUGUCAGACUGAAAGUAUGAAAUGAUGAUUAAAGAUGAGAAGUUGUAAACUAUUAAAUGGGAUAUUUUCAAUUUAUGCUGUGUAUUCUUGUCUUUGGGUUGGAGAAAAUGAUCAAGCAAAUAAAAAGUCAAAUAAAAAUCUAGAUGAAC